CCAUGGCAGCGAGGACCGCCAACCGACCCCGAGCGACAUCCCCAAACAUGUUCCGCCUCUGGUCAGCUGACUGCUGUCCGGGCUUCUUAUAGGCUGCGGAGUAACGGGAGGGCGGGGUGAAGGAUGGCGACGCGUCACGUGUCUUAUAUAAGGGCAGAAGGAAGGAAGGAGUGAUCGGUUACCGGGUGCAGAGCAGCUGGACUCCGGUACCAUGAGCCAGCAGGGGGCGGCACUGCAGACCUACAACAACGAGUUGGUGAAAUGCAUAGAAGAUCUCUGCAGCAAGAGGGAUGAACUGAAUCAUCAGAUACAGCAGGACGAGGAGGAGAAGAACAAGCUCCAGAAUGAUAUCCGCGUCCUCACAGAAAAGCUCUCCAGGGUUAACGAGAGCCUGGCGAGGAAAAUGGCGUCCAGGAACGAGUUUGAUAAAACCAUUGCCGAAACGCAAGCUGCAUACAUGAAGAUCCUGGAGAGCUCGCAGACCCUACUUAAUGUACUGAAGAGAGAGGCUGGUAGUCUAGGGAAGGCCGCUGACGUGAGAGGCAACGUACCCAGCACAUAACCCCGGGACUGCGGACUUACAUAAACCAAACUCUGGACCUGAUUUUGUAAAUGUGGGGGGAGAAUUAAAGAAUAAAAUCAUGUAACUUUGUUUUA